AUGUGUAUUUGCCUUUCAGAUCUUUUAUUAAUCGUUCUUUCGGUUUUCUUCCCACCCUUACCAGUUUGGAUUCGCCGUGGAGUUUGUUCAAAGGAUUCAGCAAUCAACAUUCUCCUUUGCAUACUUGGGUUCAUUCCUGGUUUAAUUCACGCAUGGUACAUCAUUGCCAAGUAUCCACCUUAUUCUCAUCACAGUGAGUCAAAAGUGUACUAUGUUUAUAGAAAUGAUUUGGAGAACCAAACUCCAAGAGAUCAUCAUGAACAUGCUCACCACCAACAUCAUCAUCAUCACGACGGUCCUCACAGCCAGCACCAUCACCAGGAUAGUACUCGUGAAGAACCGGUUGCUCAACCAGUUUUUGGCUACGGAUCAGUGGUUGAAGGAAACAGCAAUGGUAGUUCUAAAGCUGGUCAGCAUGCACCACCAGCUUACUCAGAAGUGGAUAAUAAAGUUCAACACUAA